UUCUGAUACUUUUAUAUCUUGAAUCAGAUAACCAAUCAGGUUUUUUCAGUUCAGGUUUUGAUUUUGGAUUUUAUCCCCAGUCCUCAGUAUUGUCACGCCUUACGCCUCUGUGAACUACAAAAUGGAACCUCCGAAGGAUCAAAACACGCCGGAGAAAUCAUCCUCCGGUUCCUGUACUAACUGCGGCGAACCAACGAUCUCCGAACCGUCACCUCUAGCUUCACUACCCGAGAUGUCACCUCCACCAAACUACCGCCCGAUCCGAGCUCCCGCCAUCAACCUCCCACACAACUCUCAAGCCAUCAUCCUCUCCCCCGUUCCUCACGCCGAGCAAGUCCCCGUCCUCUCUCCCCCCUACCAAUUCGAGCCCCCCGUCAAGAGAAUCCACUCCCCAGACGACAUCCGCCGCUUCCACGAAUCACCUUCUUUCAACAACUUCUUAGGGUUCAUAGUCUCUCUUUCCGAAUCCAUCCGCGGACACAAAAUCUCAGAUCCUUGCCACGUGUCACCAACCGUCGCCUCCAUAGUCUCAACCCUCGACACCUUACUGCAAUGGAUCGACGAGAUCCCUCCCGUUCAGAUGUCGUCUCGCUACGGAAACGUCUCGUUCCGAUCGUGGCACGAGAGGCUCGCUGAGAGAGGCGAAUCCCUCAUCCUCGAGAUUCUUCUUCUCCCCGACGACGAAUCGCUCAGAGGCUCCACGAUCGAGAUCGCUCCGUACUUCUUCGACAGCUUCGGGAACUCGAGCAGGAUCGAUUACGGGACGGGGCACGAGACGAACUUCGCGGCGUGGCUGUAUUGCUUAGCGAGGAUUGGGAUCGUCGAGGAGGGAGAUCACCACGGCGUCGUGGCUAGGGUUUUCGUUAAGUAUCUCGAAUUGAUGAGGAAGUUGCAGAUGGUGUACUGCUUGGAGCCUGCUGGGUCCCACGGAGUGUGGGGCCUUGAUGAUUACCAUUUCUUGCCGUUUAUAUUUGGGAGCUCUCAGUUGGUUGAUCACAAGUAUAUGAAACCCAAGUCGAUUCAUAACGAUGAUGUUUUGGAGAAUUUCUCUAGUGAGUAUAUGUACCUGUCUUGUAUCGCGUUUGUGAAGAAGGUGAAGAAGGGCUUGUUCGCUGAGCACUCGCCGUUGCUUGAUGAUAUUAGCGGCGUGCCGAACUGGAAGAAAGUGAAUAGCGGUUUGCUUAAGAUGUAUAGAGUUGAUGUGCUCGAGAAGGUUCCCAUUAUGCAGCAUUUCCUCUUUGGCUCGCUCAUCAAAUGGGAGGAGUGAGGUACUUUAAGCACAGUGCAUUGAAGCAAGGACAUCUAGUUCUCGUCCUUGCGGUCGCUUAAAAUAUUUUAGAGAGACGUCUUGCUUUUCCGAGCUCACUGAGAAAACUAGGGACUUUUUUUAAUUGCUGAUGCUAUCUUCGUAUUGUCUUUUGCCCCUUUUUUAUGAGUUCUAUAAAUUCUAUCCGCUUUUUACUAUGAUUUCCGUUAUACCAAA